AUGCCCGCCCUCCCACCCAACCCAGAAACAACCACCGCCUUCGAAACCGACCUCCUCAACCGCCACCUCAUCUACGACUACGCAGCGCAAGACGAGCACGGCCAGCCGCAGAAAUGGCGCUACGAGAUGUGGUUCUACAACGCCGACCGCAUCGUCUACGCCAUCCACGGCGGGCCGAUGGCGGGCCGCCGGAACUUCCAGGCGGCCACGUACCAAUGCAUCCGGCCGGGCGAGCUGUGGCAGUGCAACUGGCUCGAGGAGACGGGGACCAUCUGCUCGCUCGUGUAUGAUAUCAAGCAACAGAAAAUCACGACGUUGUUGGGGUUCUCGAAGGGUCACUGGGAGCAGAACGUCGAGGCCAGGGGCGACAAGCGCAAUCCCGCGGAUCUGGAGCGCUGGCGGCGGUUGGCGCGUGUCGGGUCGCAGGUUGAUAGGGUUUUGUUGAGUGAGCAGGCGGAGAUUGUGCAGGAUUUUCGCGGGGCUGGCGAUUUGGAGGGGAUUGAGAUGGGGUGGGAGACGCUUUAA